AAAUUGUAGUCGUUAACAGAAUCUGACAUGACAAAUCAAACUGCACAGUGAAAAACAUCUACAACGCCAAAUAACAAAACAGAUCUCUUAAGGACUAUACCCCCCUUUCAGCAAAAAUGCAUGGUCGUGUGAAGGUUAAAACUACAGCACAGCAGGAGGAGGAGAAAAGGAAAGAGCGGGAGAAAAAGCUGAAGAUAUAUGUUGCUGCACGCGAUGCCUGCUUUUCUAAGAGGAAGGAUGGCAUUCUGGAUGAAGAGGCUCUCCAGCUGACUCAGCAGCUCCUAUCAUCCAACCCUGACUUUGCAACUCUCUGGAACUACAGAAGAGAAAUCCUGAUGCACCUGGAGACUGUCAAAGACGAGGAUGAAGUGCAGAAGAUUUAUGAGGCCGAACUGUUGUUUUUAGAGUCUUGUUUGAAAAUGAACCCAAAGUCUUACGGCAGCUGGCACCACAGAUGUUGGGUCUCAGCCCGUUUGCCUCGGCCAGACUGGGCCAGAGAGCUGAGCUUGUGUGAUCGCUGCUUGAGUCUGGAUGACCGGAACUUCCAUUGCUGGGAUUAUCGCCGGAUGGUUGUGAAAAUGUCUGGUGUGCCAGUGGAUCGGGAGCUGGAGUUUACUCAUCGUCUGAUAGGCUCCAACUUUUCCAACUACUCCAGCUGGCACUACCGCAGCACCCUACUGCCACUGCUCCACCCAGAGUCUCCAGAACCCCCUUCACCCUGUCAUGGGCUUCCUCAGUCCUCCCCUCCACCUUCUCCUCAAACCCACUCCCACCGAGUCUGUGAGGAACAGCUACUCAAAGAGUAUGAGCUUGUGCAAAAUGCUUUCUUCACUGAUCCUAAUGACCAGAGUGCUUGGUUUUACUACCGCUGGCUUCUAGGCAGAGCGGAGCGUGAAGAGAUGAUAAGCUGCGUGUAUGUCAGUCGGGAGGAGGAACGAGUCACCGUCGCCCUCUCCAGGCCUGUCAGCGCGCAGUCAGUUGGCUUGCUUCUGAUCCUCGACGGUCAGCCUCAGAGAGUUGAGUGGAGGAGUGUCCACCCACGCUUUAGACAGAGCCCCGUCUGGAUUUGCGACCUCCCUCCAGGAACAAUAAACAAUGUCACCAAUGAACACAAUCUAACGGUGCACUGGACUGAAAAACACACACACAGGGACUGCGCUCUGUACACAGGUCGAACUGAGAGUUGGUGUCGGGACUCUGCUACCGAUCGGGAACUUUUCAGGAGUGAACUCUCUGUAGAGAAGACUUCAGUGUUGCAGUUGGAGCUACAGUCUGUCAACCAGCUGCAGGAACUGGAGCCACUUAAUAAAUGGUGCUUACUGACCAUUAUCCUCCUGAUGAGGGCACUAGACCCUCUAGGAUAUGAAAAGGAAACACUCGCUCAUUUCCAAACCCUCAAAGAAGUGGAUUCCAUGCGCUCUGCAUAUUACAGCGACCUGUGCAGCAAGUUCAUGAUUGAAAACACCAUCUUGAAAAUGGAGUAUGCUGAAGUCCGAGUCUUCAGUAUUUCUGAUAGGAAGCUGACUACUUUAUGCCACCUGGACCAGCUCCUAUUGGUCACUCAUAUCAAUCUGUCCUCCAAUCAGCUGCAGCGGUUGCCUCCUCAGUUUGCUAUGUUGCAGUGCCUAGAGGUCUUGGAAGCUGAUAACAACUGUAUAGAAAACCUAGAGGGAGUCUAUGACCUUCUUAAACUGGAGGAAGUCUCCUUGAAGAAUAACCAAAUCUCCUCCAUGGCAGAUCUUCAGCCGCUGGCCUCCUGCCCCAAGCUGAGGCGACUUGAUCUCCGUGGCAACCCUGUCACUCAGAUGGCCAGCGUUGAGUCGGAGUUAGGCGAGCUGCUGCCCUCAGUCACCGACCUUCUGCUCUGAUCACACACAGGAUGGGAAUCACUGCCGUCGUCAAUCUGUUAUUCAGCUGUCCUUCUCGGUUGUUUUAGAUAGUGACAUGAGAAAGUGGCUGUUUUUUCUUUUAAAGCGUCUCGUGUCUGUUUUACUUGUUUGGGAGAAUGUCAAUCACAGGGAACCCCGAGGUUCUGAAAGCCUGAUGCUUCCAGAGCAAAUGUCAGAAACCCGUCUAACACUUCCACACAAAGUCGGAGUCCGUGUGUGUGUACAAGUGUGUGUUAUAACCACUAUUGGUUGUGUGCAGAUGUUUUACGUCAUAAUGCAUGCAGAAACUGUUUAGAAGAGUAAGCUUGUUGGAGUGCAGCAAUGCUGGCUUUUAGCUUCUCUGAGCUUUAACGGUUGGGUUAGAAAGAAAAGCUCUAACUGGGUGAUCGGAGCAUCACAUAGCUCUCAUAUGCAUUUUUUUAAAGAUUGUGAAAAACAUUUAAUGACACUAUACUGUUGCACAGUAAGUCAUCAAUCCAAUAAUAAACAGCGCACAAUGGG